UGUUUCUAGGCUAAGAACCUCGUCUCGGUUUUGUACUAAACCGAGAAAAUCCAGGGGACCUUGACAUUCUCGUAUCCCAUUAGGAGAUGCACUUUUAAUAUACGCAAGCUGUAUGGCAAGCUGCCUAGGUAUGUAAGUAUAACCAGGUAACUAGGUAGGUGAUAAUUAUGACUUUGGAUAUAAAUCGGACGAUCUCCCGUCUUUGCAUCGGAGCUUUUUGGAUAUUGUUGUUGGAUGUAGCCGUUGCUUGGCUCCAUUUUACAUCAAACGGAUCGACAUUUACAAGUAGCUGAGUAAAACGACAGCAAGUCAACAUGAUGCUUUAUCUUUUCUUCUUAUCUGUAUUGACCUUUGCUUCUUCGGUGUUUGCCGCUUUUGGCUUCACCAAGUCCGGUAGCAAUUAUGUCAUUGAUGCCGGUUCAAGCAAUGCGCUCGUCUUUACUGUCAACGGAGGUAGUUGCGACAUCACCUCGAUUAAGUAUCGUGGUACUGAGCUACAAGAUUCCUCCCAAGGCACCCAUUUAUCAUCCGGUCUUGGCUCCGCGACUGUCAAGGUUGAGUCAGUCACAGCCAGUUCCGUCAACUACGUAAAAGUAACAUGCACUACCUCGACUCUAACACAUUACAUGGUUGUCAAAGAAGGGGAAAGCAACAUCUAUCUUGCUACCUACAUUAAAGAAGAACCUUCAGUUGGCGAACUGCGCUUUAUCGCCCGCCUGAAGUCAUCCGUGCUACCCGAAGAGUAUCCCUACGGCAAAGUGUCUACCACCUCUGGUAGCUCAUCUACUGUUGAAGGCUCUGAUGUCUUCGUUGUGGACGGGGAGACUCGCUCAAAGUUCUACUCGAGCACUCGAUUUAUCGACAAGGAUGUGCAAUGUGUGUACGGUGGCUCCGAUGUCAUCCACGUAUGCGUUUUAGCACCACAUCCAGAAUCAUCAUCCGGUGGCCCAUUCUUUCGCGAUAUCGAAAGCAAUAAUGCCGGUGCUGCGACCAAUCUUUAUUGGUAUAUGAAUAGUGGUCAUGUUCAAACCGAAUCCUACCGAACCAAUGUCCUCCACGGACCUUAUGUCCUUGCUUUUUCACGUUCGGGUGUCCCUAAGCUUCGUGAUACCGAUACAUCUUUCUUUUCGGGUCUAAGUGUCACGGGCUACGUUGCAGAAUCCAGCCGCGGUUAUGUUUCCGGGACAGCUUCUGGUGUAUCAAGCAGCUUCCAAAUUGUUGUUCAUUGGUAUAACUCCGCGGCGCAGUACUGGGCUAUUGCAUCAUCUAAGGGUGCUUUUACGUCUCCUGCAAUGAAGCCUGGUACUUAUACUAUGGUCUUAUACCAAGGCGAAUACAAGGUUGCUACCACUACUGGUGUUUCAGUUAGUGCUGGCAAGACUACAUCUAAGGAUAUUGCUAGUACCGAGACCUCACGAAAUUCGCUAUGGAAAAUUGGCGAAUAUGAUGGUCAACCUACUGGAUUCCUCAACGCAGAUAAGUUUCUUCGAAUGCAUCCUUCCGACUCACGUAUGGCGGCGUGGAAACCUGUUACCUACACUGUCGGAUCUUCAUCACUGGAUCAAUUCCCUAUGGCAUUAUUCCAAACAGUCAACAACCCAGUGACCAUCAAGUUUACUUUGGGCUCCGCACCUGGUGCUGCAACCCUCCGAAUUGCGACAACUUUAUCUUUUGCUGGAUCUCGUCCACAAGCUAAGGUCAACUCAUGGACUGCUUCUGCACCAUCAGCACCUACCAAGAUUGAUAGUCGUGGUGUAACUCGUGGUGCUUAUCGUGGUUAUGGCGAGGUUUAUGAUGUUAGCAUUCCUUCUGGAACCCUCGUGAAGGGUGAAAAUACCAUUACCAUAACUUCCAUCUCGGGUAGUAGUGGUAGUACUUUCUUAAACCCCAACUUCAUCUUUGAUGCCGUUGAGCUCUUUACAUAGGUCUACCUAGAUACCUGAGACCAGGAUCAGUCAUUAGUAUGAUAUGAAUGUCCCACAUUGCAAUCUCACAUUGGGUGACGCGUUUAUUGACAACCCAGUCC